ACAUCAUUUUGAGAAAAAAUAUCGAUAUAUAUAUAUAUUUGUACAGCAACCUUAAUGCAAAUCCGAAAUCCGAAAAAUAAAUAAAUAUAAUAGGAGCAGAGCAGCAGGUAGGCACUGACACAGUCACAAACAUGAGCAAGGAAAUCUCACUGGCCACUGUUAAGGAGCACAACACGCCCAAUGACCUUUGGCUGAUCAUCGAAAACAAAGUGUACGAUGUGACCAAGUUCCGCCUGGAGCAUCCCGGUGGCGAGGAUUCCCUGUUGGACGUGGCUGGCCGCGAUGGCACCAAGGAGUUUAACGACGUGGGCCACAGCUCGGAGGCGAGGGAGAUCCUAAAGAAAUACUACAUUGGUAACUUGGCCGCCGCCGAUAUCUCCAAAAAAAGGCCCCAAAACUGCCGCCACAUCGGAAUGGCCUUGGUCGCCGCCGCCAUCGGUAUCACGCUGGUCUAUGUGAUCAGGCGCGGAGUUGCCCAGAAGUAAUCAUCUACGGUUUCGAGACCUUGGGACCUGAAACAGCUUCAUUCCGUGAUUCCAGAGAUACGUUUCCCCUACGAAUUGUUAAUAGUUCCACACUUUGAUACGAAAUAAACUGGCUCUCUUUGUGAGCUCCAUUUGUUAAGUCUGCAAA